AUGAAAGUAUGGCGGAAGAGUGCCUUUGAGGUUGUGUUUUCCGACUCUUACAUAUUGGAGCGCGAUGCGCAACUGCUUCUGGAUCGCAGCAUAAACCAUGGCGAAGGUGCGACAUACCACGCUGACUUGUUUCCGUCGGAAAGUGACUUGGCCAACCCAGCAAGCGAAUCUGCUGCCCCCUCCGAAACGAUACAGCCAUCACCAACGUCGGCCGGUACCAGUGAAUUCGAAAGCUUCGAUGCCGGUGAUGGCAGUGAACAAGUGUCGGAGACGUUCGAAAUCGUCAAUAUGGCAUCAUCGCGGUACCUCUGCUCCAUUCCUGUGUUAGCACCGCCACCUGCCCCGAACCAGACUGCGACGGAGCUAGCAAAGCUAGAGGAGGCCAAGGAACUCAGUCGCGCAUCGGUGCGUGGAGUGGAAUUAGUCAAUGGCUUGGCUGGCGAGUGCAUGUACUACAUAUCCGGCUGGUGGAGCUACAGUUUCUGCUAUGGCAAAGAAGUAGUGCAGUUCCACGCCUUGACUGCGAAAACAGGGAAGCCUGUCAAGGAUCCACACAGCCAAGAGUACAUCUUAGGUCGAAUGCUGGAGGAUGCGGAACAUGCGAGGCAGACACAGAAGAGCAGGAAAAUGAACGACCUAGACGUUCAGAAGCCGCACGGCGACGAUGCUGGGCACAACAACGACCAAUACGGCACAGAGCUACAAGUAAAAGGCGACCAGAGAUACAUGGUACAGCAUCUUGGAGCUGGUACUAUCUGUGAUUUGACGAAUCGCGAGCGGACGAUCGAGGUCCAGUAUCACUGCAAUCCGGGCGGCACGAGCGAUCGAAUUAGCUGGAUCAAGGAAGUUACUACCUGCUCUUAUCUUAUGGAAGUACGGACACCGCGACUGUGUGAGGAAAUUGCAUUUCGUCCCCCGAAGCCGACACGGGCACACCCCAUCAACUGUCGGCUCAUUGUUGGCUCCGAAGAAGAAGCGCCGAAACGGGACGAGAAAAUGAUCGAAGCCGCUGUGGCUGCCGAGGUUGCGUCUUUACUAGUAAAGGACGAGUCAAAGAACCGGGCACAAGGACGGCAUACUCUUGCUGAUCAUUCUGGAAAAGGUUCGCUUGGCCUUGUUGUCGGUGGCAUUACUGUUGGUGCCCGUCAAGCUUUGGGGAGGGGACAUGAUGGUCAUGCGCCAAUGAAACUAGAGCCACCCCAAAGGCUUGUUUCCGGGCCCGGGUCCAAUGACGGCCAUGCUAUUCGGGUUAUCGCCAAAGGUGCGAAGAGAGCGGAAGGAGGCCAGGUUGAAGUGAUCACGAAUGCGGAGCUUGCCGAGCUAAAUUUCAACCCGGAGACAAUCGAAAAUCUUGCUGAAACUGUGCAUUCAAUCGCCGAAGGUAAGGCGUGGAAAUUGGAAGCGUUUGAGACUCCAGGCCAAGACAAGUAUGAUAUACGGGCUACUAUUGAGCCAGAUGAGGCUGAAGUGAGCAAUGACGGAAAUCAGGCUGGCGGUGACUCUAUAAGUGAAAACGAGCCUGAAUACGAAGGGGCCAUGGAUGACCGCAGUGAGGGAAGCAAAGAAACGUUUAAGAAAGAUGAGCUGUGA